AUGUCAUCAAUUCAGCCGUUCAGCGACGAUGGAGAGAGUGAAUUAGUGAACAUGAUAUUCCCGGCUAUGGGAGAUGUCAAGUUCAGCGAUCGGAUUUGGUGUUCGACCAGUCUGACGCUGCGAAAUAAAGCCAACAAGGUGUGUUUUUUGGGGCCUAGUGAUGAAGAAAAGGUUGUUCUGGAUGGAUUUUCCGCUUACGUAACAGUGACUAGGAAGUCAGAAGGUACCAAGCUCCAAUUUUGA